GAAGAACAGACCACACGGCCCACUGCACACUGUUGCGAGCACUGUACAUUGAAUCAAUAUUUGUGCUGAGGUGAUACCCCUGUCCUGAAGAACAACAUUGUCAUAUUCUUUUCUAGCACAGAGCUAUGCAUACAGAUAUGCAUACCUACUUAGUUUCCUAUAUAUCCAUGUCAUUUUGAAAAGACAGACUAUGGUAUAACCAUGACUCUAUUAUGUAUUGGUACGUCUGUAGACCAAGAUAUAAUUUUUUAAAAAAAUAAGUUUAUUUCUUUCAAGGUUUACAAAUAACAAAGGUGCACCUUGUAUUUAAAAUUGCCAUUAUAGAUGAGAGAGUGCAUGCAUAGCCCUUUCUGUUUCAGAGUAAUAUUUUUAAUGUACUAGAUGGUAAGACAUACAGAGGGAGGGAUCUGACAGAUGAAUGUGCCAAGCGAAACCAACUGUGUCUGCUGCCAAGCACACCUGGCUUUAAGUUCCAUGUCGUCAAGGAUUUCCAUGAAGUGCCAUAGACUGUACAUCGAACUAGAGUAUUAUUUCUUCAGUGUUAUUAUUUUCAGAGCCACAUUUUGUUGCUUAUUUGCUAGUUCUCAUCAAUCAAAGGGCACCAUACUUUUUUUUUGAAACCAAAGCUGUCUCAGAAAUGGCAAAAUUAACUUUACAGUAACAAUAGACAGCACAACACAAACUCUCAAUACAGAUAAACUCACACAUACUGGAGAUAUAUAUAAGAUAUAUAUAUAUAAAAUAUAUAAUUACUUUAAUGCACUGUAGUGUAAUAUUUAUGCAUACUAUACUGUAUAACAUGUUAUUCAAAAGGGAUAUGCCAUUUCUGAGACACAAUAACAAAAAAUGAUGAAAUUAUUUUGCUUCUAUAUUUAUAGCCUCUGUCAAAAGUCAGAAGGACUCUAAACGCUUUGCAAAAAUGGUUUUAUGUUUGCUCACAUGCUUCCUACAGUCACAUUUAAAAUAGUGACUCUAAAGAAAGACAAGAACAGCACUGUCAUCAGAUGCAUGAUAAACCAAAAUAUGAAAAUGAGAAAUGUUUAAUUAACCUAGUAACUGGGUGGGUUAAGUACAUGGGUGAAUUUUAUAUGUAAUUUUUUUUGGUUUUGAUUUGUUCAGAUUAACUGCUUAUAGCCUUAGAAAGCCUUUUACAAAAUUAAAAAAAAAUAGAUGUGCAUUCAGUUUUUAACCAUGGAAUCGUCCAAAGGAAUUCCUUUUUUUAGUGGGUUGGAUGUGGAAGCUUGUAAAGGAUAUUUUUGCUCUGCCCAGCAGUUCUGCGGAAUGCUGGCGUGGGGCUCGGCCACUGGUAGCUCUCGUGAGGAGCGGGAGAAGAGAGGGUUUGGUUGUAGAACCUUCCAUACUUCCAGGUUUACUGCAAGUUUUUAUGCUUGAGAGAAAUGCUUUCUAAUAUAAGACUGAUGUGUUGAUUUUACUGAUUGCACUGUGCAUCUAUUAAAGCCUUAGAUUCUGACAUUACGGGUUGGAACCCAUACCAAUGUAAUUUCAAUCGUGUUGAGAGAGUAACAGUGACUUCAUAUGUUAGUGUAGUUUAGUUACAUUACAGAAUAUUACUUAUUUUGUUAAAAUGUAGUUUUUCAUUUCCUACAUUUAUUAGAUUUUCUUUUCUAUUAACAAUUGAAUACCAUUUCAGAUUAUAGACUAUUGUUUUGUUAGCUUUUACUGAUGAAUUUUUCAAAAUACAAAAAGUAGUUUUUCUUCAUAACAUACUUAGUUUUGAAUUACAUGUAGUGUCAUACGAACAUUCGUAUUAUUGUUAACUAAAUGAUUUAUAUUUUACUGAUUUAAUAUUACAGUAUAAGAAUGUCAGUCAUUGUUAGUUCUUGUCUAGUUUUCAUUAAAAGAACAAAGAUCUUUUAUAUGGAUAUCUUAUAAAUAUAUAAUCAUUGCUAAGUAAGAUGUUAAGUUGUUGCUAUUGCAGCAAUCCUGGCAGACAAUUGAGUAAUAUUUUGAUGAUUUAUUUUGUUUGUAAUUAGUUAUUAUAAGAAGAUCUAGAUCCUAGAUAUUAGAAUAAAAUUUAUUUUCUACUGUAUCCAUUUCAAAUGUUAAAGUAUUGUUUCAUAUUUUUUAAAUCCCUGAAUAUCAGGCCUUGUUAUAAAUAAGCUGCAUAAUCAAUAAAUAGAACAAGGGACUUUCUGUUGAUAAUCCAAAUACUCAAAGUUUACGUAAUGAGAAAUAGAGCGUGUGUGCAAACUCUUGAGGGUGAACUAUGCUGCACUUCAGCAUAUUGGGAAGUCUAGAGAGAAGGUUGACUUUUUGCACUUCUGUAUAUAGUCAAAAGAGAGAAACCUGUAUAAUAGUAAGAUCUUAUUUUGAAUAAAAACGUCUAUAAUUACAAGGAGUUUUGUUAAGGCUAAUAAAAUGACAGACUGAGCAAAAUUGCUUGUGAAAGAGGCACAGAGUUAGCACUCUAUACCCCUUCAAACAUGUCGCUUUGCUUUUUUUGUGGACAGCUUGUAGUUUGCCAGGAUUUUUUCAGCUGGAAAGGUAAUGCCAUCCUUCCAAGAUCUCGUGACUGUCAAAAAGCUCCAUUGGGCCAAAUCUGCCUGACGAUCAUUACCAAAAAAACAGCAGGGACUUUGAACAUUAAGAUCAAACCAUGGAUCAAAUAUUCCUUACAUUUUUCAAAACUACUGCAUGUUUAAAACCUCAACAACAACAACAAAUGAGAGAAGGGACAAUACGAUGGACCUAUAAUACCCAAAUCGGUUUCUGCCAAUUUCACUGGUUUAUUGUUCACAAAAGAAAUGUUCAAAACAAAGUAUUGACUUUCAAAGAAAAUUUAACCCAUAAACAGGCAAACCAAACAGCACACUGUAUCUAUAAUUGUUAUGUGAUUGUUUUUUUAAUUGCUGUAGGAUCCCGUUCUUUCAGCAGGUGAAAGAAAUCAAACACAGUCAAGCACUCACGGGUGUAGGGAAGCUGGACCUGGUGCCGGCACUGGUUUAAGGAGCCAGUGGUGCCAGGCUUCCUGCGCCCGCAGAGCCGCUUUCCUCUGCUGGGAGGAGAAACAUGCUUGGUUUUAUAUUAUGUAAUCACAACUUACUUUCUGCUUGUAGUUGCUUAAAAUUAUGUAUUUUGUCUUGGGCUGCAAUUUGCUUUAUGCUUAUUUUAUUAUUACUGCAGUAGUUGACUUUGCUGUAUGGAAAAAUAAAGUGAAAUUGCCCUAAUAAAACUUCUCUUUCUUAAGUAUA